UUCCUUCCAUCCUUGUGUUACGGCUCACGCUUGCGUGCCGCUUCUUCCCACAAUAACAGCUCGACGAACGAGCAUGGCUUUAUCUACGGUGACCGACAUCCCCGUUGUCGUCGACGAAGCAGGCGAAAAAAAGCAUUCGGGAUUCCUCUUCGGCCACGCGUGUUUCCUCAUCAAGCUUCCGUUUAUCGCCACGCCAGAGAGAAUGUCAUUCAUCCUGUUCUGAGUGAUAGGUUCUCGUUCAGCCAGUACUUCGGCUCGGAAAGGUAUAGGAAGCUCUAUGACUGAGGAUGCAUCAGAAGUGGAUUCAUUCGUUAUCUCGUUUGCGUCUUCCUCCUCAACCCUUCGCCUUGCCUAGUCUAGCAUUAAGCACGCUCUUAAAAUGGGCUCACGCACUACACAUCUUCGCGUCACUGCGCAACGACAUGCACUUUCACUCGAUCGGGUUCCCAACGCGUGCGGAUAUAGUCAGUGGAUGGGUUGCACGACGCGUGGAGAUCACAGGGGCAUCCAUCUUUCAGGAUAAUUUGCAUUCUGCCUAGUAUUCAUCCGCUCCGGGCCAGUUCCAACGAGAAACGCAGCUGGUCUCUUCCCCUGGUG